AUGGCUAGUGAGCAACAAAUAUCACUAACAUCAACAUCUAAUUUACGGAAGAACAACAAUCGUAAUUCAAUUAACGAUAAUAGUUCCACGCAUAUUAACUCAAAUGGAUUUUCUCGAGGUGGAUGGCAUAAAGCAAUUGCUGCUAUUGAUGAAAUGAGACGUCGAACAGAACAUACGAAAAAUCAACAUGAUCAGCAAUAUGCACUCGAUACACCUCCACCAUCAUCAUUAUCAGAAGAGUCAUCACCCAGUCAACAAUUAGCAAAAAACGCUCAGGUUAAAGUUUUUCAAGACGAAUUAUUAUUUGCCAAAACAGGCAAUUUAAAUUUAGAUAAAUUAAGCGAUGAUUUUGCGGAGAUGAAAAGAACAUUUCAGGAGAUGUCAGCCAACAAACAAGAAACUAUUCAGUCUGUGACUCUAACAACAAAUAUAACAAAAACAGCAUUACUAAUUAUAUUUCGUUCAAUAGAAUCGAUAGCACUAAUUGUUACAAAAGGCAAUAGAAAAAUGACAAAUUUUCAAACAGUCAUUGCCACACUAAGAUCAAAACAAGACCUACCAUUACCAGGAAAAUUAUUAUGUGAAUGGUAUCAGGCAGCUAAUAUACUCGAGUUGUUAUUAAAUGAUCCAGAUUGGCUAUGUAAACGACGAAAAGCAAAAUGGUCCAUUGAAGUGUGUACUGAAACGUUGAUUUGGAGUAAAGGUGUGCUAAAUGAAAAUUUUAUAAUGGAUCAUCCGCGACCCAUAUUUGAUCGACACGAAAGUUUGGAUAUUGUUACAACAAGAGAAUAA